CGUGGAAGUCAGAAGUGACAUACAACUCGGGUCGUGGCGACGAAAGUGGCUGAAAGCUUUGAGAAGCGCGAUUGCCGGCUGCACUCUUGGACUCGGACGCACUGGUACUUUCGACUGCAGCGUAAUGGCGGUGCUCGUGCUGAGCCCGGCUCAGCGGAGCGCCACGCAGGCACCAUAGACACGUUUGCGGACAGGUCAGUGCGGUUGCGCUGCACUGCGCGUGUUAACGUGGUCCGUCCAGCAUGAGGAUGAGACGGUACCUGAGGGGCAGCGGGAGGGCGCUCGCCUUCGUCUUCAUCGCUUCUGUCAUCUGGCUGCUGUUCGACAUGGCAGCGCUGCGGCUGUCAAUCAGCGACGUCAACACUCAGCUGCUGAAGGAGCGAGUUCUGCGGGAGAAGGAGCUUUUCCGGCUGCAGACGCAGCCCAUGUUCAAGAGGAGGGGGGGAUUCAAGCACCCGCUGCAGAGGGCGAAGAUGUUCAUGACACCUGCAGCCAGGAAGACCGUCACCUCCAGAGGUCAAGGGGCAGACGCCGACAGACCAGCGCGGCAGGACCAGAUAGAGCUGGCUGUCAAGGCCAAUAGAUUUGCUGUGUCUGAUCUUUUAAAGUAUAGUAGACCUGUUAAAAGUGUAAAUAAUUCAGUCGUGAAAAAGGAGCCCACUGUACCAAAGGCGCCUGCCGUGUUAUCUUUUGUCACCAUGCAGCCUGUGUUUGUGAGGGAUCAGCCGGAAAAAAUGGAUUUUAAAAACGAUUCUGUCGUAAAGAAAGAGGUGGAGAAGAAAGAGGUUAGUGUUGGAACAAUCCGACCUCGGCUGAAAGAGGCACACCCUGCAAACACCACACAGAAGAAGGAUGCGAGAGGACCUGUUGACAUAAGAGAGGAGCAGGAUAGGAACAGGACGUUGGCGAGGAGCGAACGUGGCACACUCCCGAAGCCUGUCAUUCCGACUCAGAAAAGUCAGCUGCCCAAGAUAAACACCACCGGUGACGGUGGGGUCCAUAAAGUGCUCUCCCUGGACGUGACCCACGCGCCCAGAGAUGCCAACGCCGUGGGCCAGUUUGGUCAGGCAGCCGUGGCUGCCCUGGAGGAAAACUCCCAGGUGAAGAAGAGGUGGAACGAAGGCCAUUUCAACGUCUACCUGAGUGAGAAGAUUCCCGUGGAGCGGGCCAUUCCGGACACCCGACCGGAGAUUUGCUCUCAGAACCUGGUCCACAAUAAGCUUCCAUCCACCAGUGUCAUCUUCUGCUUCGUGGACGAGGUGUGGUCGACGCUCCUCCGCUCUGUGCACAGCGUCCUCAACCGCUCGCCUCCUCACCUGCUCGAAGAGAUCAUUCUGGUGGAUGAUUUCAGCACCAAAGAUUAUCUCAAGCAGCAGCUGGAUGACUACAUGUCCAAGCUACCAAAAGUGAGAAUCAUCCGUCUGAAGGAGCGACAGGGAUUGAUCCGGGCCCGGCUGGCUGGAGCUGCCGCUGCCAAAGGUGAGGUUCUCACCUUCCUGGACUCCCAUGUUGAAUGUAACGUGGGCUGGCUGGAGCCGCUGCUGGAGAGAAUCUACCUGGAUCGCAAGAAGGUUCCGUGUCCUGUGAUCGAGGUUAUCAGCGACAAGGACAUGAGCUACAUGCUGGUGGACAACUUCCAGAGGGGUAUUUUCAAGUGGCCCCUGGUGUUUGGCUGGAGCGCCUUACCGGCCGAUUAUAUCAAGAAGAAUAACCUGAGCAUCGCCGAUCCCAUCAGGUGCCCAGUCAUGGCAGGAGGGCUGUUCUCUAUUGACAAAAAGUACUUCUACGAGCUGGGGGCCUAUGACCCAGGCCUGGAUGUGUGGGGAGGAGAAAACAUGGAGAUUUCCUUCAAGAUCUGGAUGUGCGGCGGAGAGAUCGAGAUCAUCCCCUGCUCCCGAGUGGGGCACAUUUUCCGAGGGCAGAAUCCCUACAAGUUCCCCAAGGAUCGGCAGAAGACGGUGGAGCGCAACCUGGCGAGAGUGGCCGAGGUCUGGCUGGAUGAGUACAAGGACUUGUUCUACGGCCACGGGUACCACCACCUGCUGGACAAGAAUGUCAUCGACAUCGGUAACCUCACCGAUCAGAUGGCGCUGAGGAAGAAGCUCAACUGCAAGAGCUUUAAGUGGUACCUGGAGAACAUUUAUCCGGACAUGCACGCCCCUCUGGUGCAAGCUCAAGGCCUGGUUUUCAAUUUCGGUCUGAGGAAAUGCCUCGCUCUAGAGAAGGGCCUCCUCUCCUUCCAAACCUGUGACCUCAGCCAACAGAGUCAGACCUUUAACUACACCUGGAUGCGUCACCUUCGCCAGCAGGACGUCUGUGUGGCGCAUCUGACCAAAGACAACAGCCUCGCUUUGCAGUCAUGUGACAACGUCAACGUGGAAGUCCGAUGGCUCCACAAGUCCAGUUCGGCCCUGGUGGAGCACAUUGUUGCCGAGACGUCGUCACGGUUCAGGUGUCUGCAGGCCGUUCCUCAGGGGGAACUUCUUAUUCUCGGCGCCUGCAAUCCCAACGACGCCUUCCAGAAGUGGCAGUUCACACAGUAUCACAGCACAGAAUAACCUUUUGCGAUGCUUUAAACGUGCACUAGAGGGCGCCGCGGCCCGACUUCAUCCUGAGACUGUGAGAGACUGACCAACGUCUGUGGUCGAGGUUGUGAAAUAGAGGGAGUGGGAGUGUGCAAUGUUUCCUUUUUUAUCGUUAUUGUCCUGUUAAAAAAAAAAACAAAACAUCUUUGUGUCCUAAAUAAUGAUGAUGUUGCAUCUCAAACUGAAAAAGUCUUCUAAACCUGGGUGUUGACAAAAAGGUCGGGGACUUUUUGAGAGUCCAGCGAUCAUUUUGGGGAUAAAACGCUUGUUGUUUACAUGAGAUAAGCACUCCUGACAUGUGAAGCGCGUGCCUCUGUCAAUGCUGCAUUUGUAGGUGAUGGUUCUGCUGUGGGGAACUUUGUGACACUCGAGAGGGCGUUCUUUCAUUCUAAACAACGUUUGUGACGGCAGAAGAAAUUAAACAAUGGUCAACCUUUGUGUUUAAAU